AUGGCAACCUAUCCACCGAACACCAACAAUCUCGUCCCAAGCACGACACCGGGUCCUGGUUUUCAGGGGGAGAACGCCUACGGCAUGACCCCAACCACCAAUGCCACGGGCAUCGUUCUCCAAAGACUGUGCGUCCAGUUACUGCGCUACGGAUCCUUCCUCGACGAUCGCUCAAAGCCCCGCAAUUCAUUCCUCGCCGAAUGGGAUCGCGACGUACCCGCAAUAAAUCUUAGCAGCGUUUUCAGCGAUAACGAUUUGGUUGAGUUAGAGACAGGGAGAGCUGAACAAAGACAGACGAGUCUUUCAUGGAUCGACCUCAAUGCCCGCCAUGCCGCCCGUCGUUCUAUACCAUUUCAAGCUGUCGCUUCCCUCUCCCAACCUUCAACGUCACAAUCUUCAAUGCCACAACUUUCCACGCCCUCUCAACCAUCUCUGAGGACCGAUACUUGGAUUACUUUGAGGGCAUACUCGAUGUGGUCAAUACUUCUCUUUCCUAUCCAGUUCAUUCUGGCAAUUAUCUUUUAUUCGGGAGCAUCGGUGGGAGCGGUGUGUGUCGUGGGUUUCGCUCUUGAAGACCGUUCAACGCCCAAGGUUUUGGCCUCCGUAUUCAUUGGAGUGCUCGGUCAAAUAUUCCUCAUUUAUGUUUGGACCAACACACUUGGACUCCCAUCUCUCGCAGUCAUUCAAACCGUCAUACCGUUCUGGUGGCGAACGUCCUGGCCAAUACUACGAAGGUUGGUGGCGGGGUGGCUGACACGUGCCAAGCAGGCUAUGCUGUGGCCAUUGCACAUAUUGCUUAUGGCACGUCAAUUACUACAGGGCUUCCCUCUGCUUCCCUGA